AUGCUAGAGGAGUACUCAAAAUUUUACUGCUUAUAAGAUUUGCUUAAAUAUCAUAAAGAUGAGAAAAAUUUGGAAGUCAAUUUGGCUUCAAAUGGACUUAGUCAGUAGGAAGCUAAGGAGCUUGGAUCAAUUUUAUAAAAAUCAUAACAAUUAACUAAUUUAAAGCUAUACUUAAGUAAAAAUAGUUUUGGAGAUGAAGGAACAUAAUUUAUAGCAAAUUCAUUGACAUGUAUUAAAUAUCUUGUUAAAUUAGAGUUCUAUUUAUAUGCAAACAAUAUAACUUUCUAAGGAGCAGCUAAAAUAGGAGUAGAACUAACAAUGUGCAAGAAUUUAACAAGUCUAUAUCUUGAUUUGAGCUAUAACAAAAUAAAUGAUGAUGGAUCUUGUUCCUUAGGAAAGGGCAUAGAAAACUGUAAAAAUAUCAACGAAUUGAUGGUUAAUUUAAAGUUCAAUAACAUUAGCUCAUUCGGUGUAAAUUAAUUUGGUAAGAACCUAUCAAAAAUACAAAACAUGGAAAGUCUAAAACUUAUAUUAAGCUAAAAUAAUAUUGACCAUUCAUGUAAUUUAGGAGACAGCUUAUCUAAUCUUAAUAAACUUAAAACAUUAUCACUUGAUUUGAGCAAAAAUAAUUUGGGUGAUGUAGGAUCUUCUAAUCUAAGUGAAAACCUUUCAAAGAGUCAUUCUAUUGAGAGCUUAACACUUAACUUAAGUCUAAAUCAUAUCGGCGUUAGUGGUGCAUCUUAAAUAUUCGGUUCUUUAUCAAAUUUUGAAAAACUUAACAAAUUAGAUCUAUAACUCAGAGAAAACAACAUAAGUAAAAUAGAUUCUACCCUAGGUUAAUCUCUUUCUAAAUGCGCUAAUCUUACUAAAUUCUCUUUAGAUUUAAAUUAAAACUCUUUUGGAGCUGAAGAUGUAUUUUUUUUAGGAAAUGCUUUCAAACAAAAAGAAAUUAAGACUUUAACAUUAGAAUUGAAGAAUAAUCCGAUUAAUUCACAUGAAGUUACUUAAUUAGGCUUGGGAUUAGCGAAUUGCAGAAACAUUUUAAACUUAACUCUAUUUUUAAAUUAAAGCUCCUAGAAUUUAGAUUUUGCAAAUUUAGUUAAUGAUUUAUCGAAAUGUGCUCAUUUCAAUUCUUUAUAGCUCUAUUUAUCCUUUUAUAAAGUUAGUAGUAAUGUUAGAUAAAAAUUUCUCAGAAAAUCAAUUAGAUUAGUUAACCUAGAUGUUUAGCUAUGA